GGCGGUGCCGCUGGCCUGGUCCGGGAGGUGGCGACCGGCAUCGGUGAGAUGACCAUGGCAGCGCGAACCGGUCCUAGGGCUUUGACAAGAGUGGUAUCGGGAUGCCGGCCGAAGUCGGCGACAGCGGCUGAAGCCCUGGCUCCAGCCGGUGGGCCCGCGCGGAAUGUCAGAUACUUAGCUUCCUGUGGGAUACUGAUGAACAGAUCUCUUACGCUACAUACCUCAAUGCUACCCAAGGAGAUACAUGCAAGAACUUUCUUCAAAAUUGCUGCACCAUUAAUAAACAAGAGGAAAGAAUACUCAGAGCGAAGAAUUAUAGGCUAUUCAAUGCAGGAAAUGUAUGAUGUGGUAUCAGGAAUGGAGGAUUACAAGCAUUUUGUUCCUUGGUGCAAAAAAUCAGAUAUAAUAUCAAGGAGAUCUGGAUAUUGUAAAACACGAUUAGAAAUUGGAUUUCCACCUGUGCUGGAACGAUAUACAUCAGUUGUAACCUUGGUGAAACCACAUUUGGUGAAGGCAUCCUGUACUGAUGGGAAACUUUUUAAUCAUUUGGAGACUAUUUGGCGUUUUAGUCCAGGUCUUCCUGGCUAUCCAAGAACUUGUACCUUGGAUUUUUCAAUUUCUUUUGAAUUUCGCUCACUUCUACACUCUCAGCUUGCCACGUUGUUUUUUGAUGAAGUUGUGAAGCAGAUGGUAGCUGCCUUUGAAAGAAGAGCAUGUAAGCUGUAUGGUCCAGAAACAAGUAUACCUCGGGAACUAAUGCUUCAUGAAGUUCAUCACACAUAAAGAAAGAGACAGCUGGUGUCACCUACUUGUAACUUUAGUUUGUUCAAUCUUAGGAAGUGCUUUCAUGAUUUGUUUUUGGAAGUCAGAAAGCAUUUAUUACACCUAACUUUGAUUGUAAACUUGCACCAUUGAAAAUUUGCACAUAGAAUAUGGACCUACUUGUACAUGGAAUUAUUUCUUUAGUCAUAUGUAAUUCAGUGUAAUACGUACAUUAGUAUGUUCUGCAUUUACUAUAAUGGGAUGUUACUAUUGCUAGAAUAGACAUCUCUCUUCUGAGCAGAAACAAACUGUAAAUUUAAGCUUUUUCAUUUCAUUAUCACCUUUCCUAAAAAAGGUCAGUUGAUAUACUCAGUAUAUAUAUUAACCAUAUCAUGUCUAAGUUAUUAAAUUCAGACUAUUUGUAACUUAUUGCUGUAGAGCCUGCCACAUGUCUUAGGGGUUAUCACCAUAUAUGUAAAGUAAAAACUUUGACUUAUAAAUAUUGUUAAUGAAUGUUCCCUGUCACUUUUGGUAUCUUUAAAUUGUUCAUAUGGGUACAGUAAAUGAUUUGGUGCUAUAAUGAGGUUGGCCUCAGAGAAACAAUGGGAAAAAAUUUUUUUUUGGGUAAGUGGUCCAGAGCCUGAAGCUAUUUUUCCAGUAGUCUGCAAACUUCUCCCUUUUCCCAGGUACUUUGGUUGCUUUUUCAAUAAUGCUAAUUUUGUGUCAAAUUUUAGUUACAACAGAGGCAACAGAUGAAGAAAAGUUGGUUGAUGUGUCUCUAGCACUGUGCAUCCCUAUUUUUAUUUAUUAUGUGUACUCACUUUGAAUAUUCCAAACUGAUAUUUUUUUAAACAAAUCAAUGUAAGGACUGAAGUAGUAACUUGAUAAAAUAAAGUUAAUUUGUUUAUUUUUU